CCAAGAGUUCCCCUCCAUUUCGCCCUCCUCCUCUUCCUCCAUCUGCCUCGGAGAAUCCCUGCCACCAUGACCCCAAGUGGAGGAAGGUGCCGAGUAUAUUAGCACAAAUCUUGCACACUGGAUACUUAGAAUGUGCUGUCCCCCAACACCCAAAAAUGAUGCUUUCUCCCACCUCCUCCCCCAUAACGCUUCCCAAUGGUAACCUCAUCAAAUAUAUAUAGUCCUUCGUGGGCGUCUCUUCAAAGACCCAUCCAAAGUCUCUACAAACUAGUCUAACGUAGAGAAGAAGCAGGGGAGCUGAGAUGGUGAAGUUCUCCAAGCAGUUUGAGGGCCAGCUUGUUCCGGAGUGGAAGGAGGCUUUUGUUGAUUACUGGCAGCUGAAGAAGGACCUCAAGAGGAUGCAAGUCCUUGGUGCCGGCCAAGGUCCCACAAACAAACCACCACAAACUCCUUUAGCCCAUAGGCUCCUCUCUCCCUUAAGGAAGCUUCCCUUUUUCGGUUCAUAUGGUCGCAAGGAUCAUGAAGUCAUACAGGUACAUAAGAAGCUCACAAGCUCGGCGAGCAGGGGGGUGUUAUAUGAGACGGAGCUUCUAGAUCAGUUUGCAGACACUGAUGCGGCAAGGGAGUUCUUUGCUAGGCUUGAUCAUCAGCUCAACAAGGUGAAUCAGUUCUACAAGGGGAAGGAGAUGGAGUUUGUGGAGAGAGGAGAGUCCCUAAACAAGCAAAUGGGGAUCCUCCUUGAGCUUAAGGCUGCCCUCAAACAGCAGCGCGAGAAGGGCUCACUGAGUAAUGAUUCAAAGGAGGAUCCUUCCAUAUCUUGCUCAAUUACAUCUGAGGAAGAGUCCAUCAAGGGUACCAUAGAUCAAGACCAACCCCAAGAGAUCUCAACAGCUGAACUUGAGAAGUGUGAGGUCCAGUUCCCUGUAUCUCCUCAGAGACCAGAUGACUCAGGGAAGCUGGAGAAGGCCAGGAGAGAGGAAGGGAAGCUUAGAAGCCUCUCUGGUAGAGUAAUCGACUGCCAGGGGAAGAACCUAAAGAUCAACAUACCCCUGACCACACCUUCGAGGACUAUCUCCGCCCUUGCCGACUUACUUAGCCAAUCAAAAAAGGGUGGCCCAGAAGGUGGCAAGCUCAACAUCAACAAGACUAAGCUUCACCAUGCAGAGAAGAUGAUCAGAGGCGCCUUCAUUGAGCUCUACAAAGGGUUGGGGUAUCUCGGAACCUAUCGAAAUCUGAACAUGCUGGCUUUUGUAAAGAUUUUAAAGAAGUUUGACAAGGUGACAGGACAAGAAGUCCUCCCCACAUAUCUCAAAGUGGUAGAAAGUUCAUAUUUCAACAGCUCAGACAAGGCAAUUAAGUUAAUGGAUGAGGUGGAGGAAAUCUUCAUCAAAAACUUUGCAGAAGAUGAUAAGCAGAAGGCCAUGAAGUAUCUCAAGCCUUAUCAGCAUAAAGAAUCGCAUGCUGUCACCUUCUUCAUUGGCCUAUUCACGGGAUGCUUCAUUGCACUGUUCAUUGGAUAUUGUAUCAUGGCACAUAUAGCUGGGAUGUACACCGGGCAAUCAGACUCUGUCUACAUGGAGACUGUCUACCCUGUCCUUAGCAUGUUUAGCCUCCUGUUCCUCCACUUGUUUCUGUUUGGGUGUAACAUCUUCAUGUGGAGAAAGACACGCAUUAAUUAUAGCUUUAUAUUUGAAUUCGCCCCUACCAAAGAGCUCAAGUACAGGGAUGUGUUCUUGAUAUGUACUAUGUCCAUGAGUAUAGUGGUGGGAGUCAUGUUUGCCCACUUGAGCCUCACUGCAAGAGGGCAUUCUUCUACCAAAAUCCAAGCAAUCCCUGGCAUUUUACUUCUGAUGUUCUUGGUGGUGCUUGUAUGCCCUUUCAACGUUGUCUACCGAUCGAGUCGCUAUCACUUCCUUAAAGUUAUCAGGAAUAUCAUCUUGUCGCCGCUGUACAAGGUAGUCAUGGUAGACUUCUUCAUGGCCGAUCAACUUUGCAGCCAGGUUCCAAUGCUGAGGAGUCUGGAGUAUGUGGCUUGCUACUACAUAACCGGCAGCUAUAAAACCCAAGACUAUGGGUUUUGCAUGAGAACCAAGCAUUACAGAGACCUGGCUUAUGCAGUGUCCUUCCUCCCUUACUACUGGAGAGCCAUGCAGUGUGCACGAAGAUGGUUUGAUGAAGGGCAGACAAGCCACCUCGUCAACUUGGGGAAGUAUGUUUCUGCAAUGCUAGCAGCUGGUGCCAAAGUAGCAUAUGAGAAGGAGAAGACCAUUGGGUGGCUCUCCCUCGUUGUUGUUAUGUCGAGCACUGCGACUGUGUACCAAUUAUACUGGGAUUUUGUCAAGGAUUGGGGCUUGCUCCAACUCAAUUCAAAGAACCCGUGGCUGAGGAAUGAAUUGAUUCUUCGUCGGAAGUUCAUAUACUUCUUGUCAAUGGGUCUGAACUUUGUCUUAAGGCUUGCUUGGCUACAAAGUGUUCUUCACUCCAGUUUUGGGAGUUUGGAUUAUAGAGUGACCUCAUUCUUCUUAGCAGCCCUUGAGGUGAUUCGGCGAGGGCAUUGGAAUUUCUACAGGUUGGAGAAUGAGCAUCUAAACAAUGCCGGAAAGUUUAGGGCCGUCAAGACAGUUCCACUGCCUUUUCAUGAAGUGGACCAGGAUUGAUCGGCCGACGACUAACAAGCCCUCAGCAUUACAUGGCAAAGGAACCGGCCGGAAGGGGUGGGGGGAGGUUUCCUCUUCCUGUGAUUGGCAAUUUCUUGGAUCUGUAAUCCCAUUGAUGUUAGAAAGUAUGCAUACUUGUAUACGAUUAUUCAUUCUUGAUGCUACAAAUGAAAGAAGCAUCAUAUAUCCAUGUUCUA